AUGCCACCAGGGACUUUGGCUCAGCAUUUGUUUGAGUGGGGUAAACUUGGGUACUCUCCUCUUGCUUGGAAGCAGAGGGUGACAAUGGCAUUGGAUGUGGCCAGAGGGGUGGAGUAUCUUCACAGCUUAGCACAACAAAAUUUCAUUCAAAGAAAUUUAAAACCCUCUAAUAUACUUAUUGGGGAUAACAUGAGAGCCAAGGUUGCAGAUUUUGGUCUGGUUAAAAAUGCACCUGAUGGGAACUUAGUGUUUGCUGGAAUGAAGAUCAAGUACAACAAAUGUGGGUUGAGGGAUGUACAGGAGGAAAUGAAGGUAUAUGUUGCAACCAUGGUGUGUGGGUUGAGUGAUGGGAGCUUAUAUAUUGUGUGA